ACAAUGCAGCAGUGGAUGAAUGCUUUUCUCACAGCAGCAUUCUAUAGAGGUCGUCUUGAACUGGCAAAGCAGUUAGCUAUACGCAUGGAUUUGUAUGGAAUGGCUGUAAAUAUCCAGAAAAAACUGGACGAACGUCGUGACUAUCAUUUCUGGGAUUACGACGCAGCAGCUACUUUUGUCCGACGGGAGAUGCGGGACGACAUGAAGAUGCAGUUGAAAAUGCGGGAGAAAUCAGACACACCGCUCACUAACCAUCCGUGUGCUUACGCAUCAAACCGGUGCAGGGUUACGGGCACUGUUCCAUUUAUAAAUCGUCAUAUCAGUAUUUGCGCUCGUAAACUGCCGGAAGUCAACUGCAUCCCGUGCCGCGAUUGUGGAUUGCUGUUACCGCCCGGAGCUCCGGAUGCACUCCACAAUCUGCGGCACUCAGCGAAUUGCGAGCGGCGUACCGUUGUCUGGACCGAUGAUCUUCUGCAUACGGAUGUUUUUGAGAAGCCACCGUUCCCUUCCGCUGGGCCGCUGGGGCAGCUGUAUCUGGUGCCGGCUGAUAAUGUUGACCGACUGGUUUGUCAGGUGUUCGAGCAUUUGGCUGAUUCCGGGUGUAGUUUCAUGCUUCGCUUGAGCGAAGUGCGCCGAUACUGAAAAACUGAAAAGAGGAGCUCCUGUUUUUGGUGUAAAGUUAGGUGGCCAUAUUUCUUGAAGUGUUGCAGACAUGCGCAAUUCUAAUCGGAUGCGUUUCGAUUGCUGCAAUAUGUGAC